AUGAACAGAGGCAGCUACUUUGCGCAAAGGACCAGGGAAGAUGCCCAGAAAUCGGAGAAGAAAUCCAAGGCUUUCAAUGAUAUUUCCAAAUACUUCUCUAAGGAAGAAUGGGCAAAGCUGGGAUACUCAGAAAAAAUCACCUAUGUGUGUAUGAAGAGAAACUAUGACACCAUGACUGGUCUAGGAUCCGGGAGAAGCAAGAUUAAUGUCUGGACCCACAGACUGCGGGAAAGAAAGUACCCAGUGAUCUAUGAAGAGAUCAGCGAUCCCGAGGAAGAUGACUAA